AGGAAAUCAACAUGGGACGGCUGAACUUUUUCGUCCUUUGGUCGUUACACGAUACACCCCGUCAAUUUAUCAGGUAGUUAUCAGGUAUUUCGUUUGAAAGUGGGCACGCAGCAACACCCACUUUGAGCCAUCGUUAUUCGUUACAGACAUGUCCGAUCUUCAUCCUAGCAGUUCACAGCAGAAAUGUUUGUCCGUAUCUAUUGCAGCAAGUCCAAUCGCCAGUGCCACCAAGUCCAUGUUCCAUUGCCACUGCCCAAACAACUCGUGGUAUUCAGUCUUGGGGAAUGGCGGUUCUUAUCAAGCGAGACAACCAUCUCAGUUGAUGUUCUGGUUAGCCAGGAGGUGAAGCCGCAGAGGAUUGGUACAUUGUCAGCCCAAACAAGGUACAUUAGGCCUACAUUCAUUCUAAUUAAUAACAAUUGAAAAAAAUGCACAUAAGGUCUAUAUUGCCUGUUUUGAAGGUGCUUGACUUGGGAGGGAGAUUGGAAUGCUGACCUUGUCCAAGAGGCAACAGAGAAAGGGAGGAGAGGAGUAUAUGGGAAGAUUUUGCUCACUGUUUGUGGAGAGGUAUGGUUUCCAGCGUGUCAUUCUGUACAUUUUCAAUAUCGUUAUUGUGACAGGUGUCACU